CCGACAUACCCUUAGUUUGACAGCUGCCUACAGCCCCUAGAGCCUACAUAACCCAACCGCUCAACCCUAGACAAUAUAAUAAUACAUAACGUCAAUAACAUUUUACGUCGCUCGCCAAUUGUCUAGUAAUUCUUUAAUUGUCGAAAGAUGAGUGAUUUUGUGAAAAACAUAGAAAAUGCAAAGUAAGUUGUGCUAAAACUUCAUUUUCUAAGUGUACGGAUGCAAAGGUUUUUGCAUCACAUUACUUCAAGAUGGAUAUCGAGGUAUACAAAAAAAUUAUAUAUGCUAUUGGAAAGCACUCCGGUUUAUCAAGAGACUGUAAAAAAGUUCUUGUACGUAUGUUUCCAAAUAUUCCUUCGAAAACGUUAAGUUCCAUACUUUCUUUAGAAUAUCAAAAGAAAAUGCGCAAAAAGCAUGUUAAAACAAAAUCUGUAUCUGAAUCCUAUAUGGAUAAAUAUAACAAAGGAGUCAAGAUUAUUGACAUCGCAAAGGAAGUUGACAUAGCACCUGCUUUAGUGGCUAGGAUGAUUCUUGAAGAAUACUUAGCUUCCGACAUUGGUAAUCAGCAAACUGUAGGUAGUAGACGAUACGUAAGUGAAUUAAUGAAGGAUACAACUAGAAUAUCUGAUCAAAGAUUAUCAACAGAGGUAUAUGAAGCUAUUGCUUUCGAUAGUUUAUAUGGGCCAAUAGCAGAUUGCAUAAAACGAACACUCGGUGAACAGUAUGAACAGAAACUCAAGUGCUAUGCUAUUAGCAUGAAUUUAUCUUUUCGAGAUGAAUUGCAAUUGAGGCAAAGUGGAUUUGAUAAAACUCCUGAUCUUAAAUUAGAAAUUCCGAUAGCUGUCAGUGGUCAUGUUGUAAAUUGGAUUGAAAGCAAAGCCUCAUUUGCUGAUAUUGAAACUCAUAAAGGAUAUAUAAAGGAACAAUUCAUGAGUUAUUGGAAUAGAUUUGGCCCGGGAUUAGUAAUUUAUUGGUUCGGGUUUGUGGAACGAUUAGAAAAUAUAGAAGACACUGCACAUUUUAUAGUUAGAGAUAAGUUUCCCAUUGAUGAAAUACAAUUUAUGGAGUGAUUUUUAAUUCUUUUUAAUUUUUUAUUGUACAUGGCUUGUUUCAAUAAUCAGAUUACAAUUUAAUCUACAAGAAAUACAGAAUUAAAUAAAUGAUUAAAUCAUAAUUAAUAAUAAUAGUAAUAAUAAUAAUAAUAGCAAUAAUAAGUAAGUUGUGUGGAACAUUUUUCUGUGCAUAAUAGAAAAAUUCAUAUUGUGGGCUGCAGUAGACUGACUUUGUUAAAACUUGGCUUUUUUCUCUUAAGUUGCCUGAAUUUUUUGACUGACUGGUUUGUACAUACAUCUAAUUUAUCCUGUAAAAUUGAGUUCUGCUUUUAAUAUCCUCCGCCAUGGUGGGUCCUUGGGUAUCAAUAUUGUUCGUGAACAUGGUCAUGAACCAUGGAGCAUUGCUGAUCAUUCUUAGUAUAUUGUUUUGAAUUCUCUGAAUUAUAAGAAUGUUGCUUUUGCUGGCACAGCCCCACAGUUCUAUAUCAUAUGUUCAUAUUUGAAUUAUCAUAACUUAAUAAAGUAGAAGCUUAUCUUCGAGAGAGAGUUUGCAUGAUCUUCUUAUGAGCCAGUACAAUUCCUUCAUUUUAAUAUCUAUCUGUUUUCUUUUCAUUGUUAUGUGCAUUUUCCAAUCAUUUUUAAAUAAUUCAUAAAUAUUA